AUGGCCUCGCUGGACCUGCCGUACCGCUGCCCCCGCUGCGGGGAGCACAAGCGCUUCCGGAGCCUGUCGUCGCUGCGCGCGCACCUGGAGUACAGCCACACUUACGAGACGCUGUACAUCCUCUCCAAAACCAACAGCAUCUGCGACGGCGCCGCUGCCGCCGCUGCUGCCGCCGCCGCCGCCGCCUCGGGCUUCCCGCUGGCGCCGGAGCCCGCCGCCCUGCUGGCGGUGCCCGGCGCCCGGCGCGAAGUCUUCGAGAGCACGUCCUUCCAGGGCAAGGAGCAGGCGGCCGGACCGUCGCCCGCAGCGCCGCACCUGCUGCACCACCACCACCACCACGCGCCACUCACCCACUUCCCCGGCGACCUGGUGCCCGCCAGCCUGCCCUGCGAGGAGCUGGCUGAGCCGGGCCUCGUGCCGGCCGCCGCCGCGCGAUACGCGCUGCGCGAGAUCGAGAUUCCGCUCGGGGAGCUCUUCGCCCGCAAGUCCGUGGCGUCCUCGGCGUGCUCGACGCCGCCGCCCGGGCCCGGUCCUGGCCCUUGCCCCGGGCCUGCCUCCGCCUCGCCCGCUUCCCCUUCGCCCGCCGAUGUGGCCUACGAGGAGGGCCUGGCGCGCCUCAAGAUCCGCGCGCUGGAGAAGCUGGAGGUGGACCGGAGGCUGGAGCGGCUGAGCGAGGAGGUGGAGCAGAAGAUCGCGGGCCAGGUGGGCCGGCUGCAGGCCGAGCUGGAGCGCAAGGCGGCCGAGCUGGAGACGGCGCGGCAGGAGAGCGCGCGGCUCGGGCGCGAGAAGGAGGAGCUGGAGGAGCGCGCGUCGGAGCUUUCGCGCCAGGUGGACGUGAGCGUGGAGCUGCUGGCCUCGCUCAAGCAGGACCUGGUGCACAAGGAACAGGAGCUGAGCCGCAAGCAGCAGGAGGUGGUGCAGAUCGACCAGUUCCUGAAGGAGACGGCAGCACGGGAGGCCAGCGCCAAGCUGCGGCUGCAGCAGUUCAUUGAGGAGCUCCUGGAGCGGGCUGACCGUGCCGAACGGCAGCUGCAGGUCAUCAGCAGCAGCUGCGGCAGCACACCCAGUGCCAGCCUGGGUCGCGGAGCUGUGGGCGGGGGCGUGGGGCCCGGGGCCCGGAACCCAGGCAGAAUGCGAGAACACCACGCGGGCCCGGCCGUGCCUAGCACAUAUGCAGUGUCACGGCAUGGCUCCUCUCCCAGCACAGGGGCCUCCAGCCGCAUGCCAGCUGCAUCCCAGAGCUCAGGCUGCUAUGACAGUGACAGUCUGGAGCUGCCCCGUCCAGAGGAGGGGGCCCCUGAGGACAGUGGCCCUGGGGGCUUGGGCACACGGGCCCAGGCUGCCAACGGUGGCUCGGAGCGGUCCCAGCCCCCUCGCAGCUCAGGGCUGCGGCGCCAGGCCAUCCAGAACUGGCAGCGCAGACCCCGACGACACAGCACUGAGGGGGAGGAGGGUGAUGUCUCGGACGUGGGCUCCCGAACCACCGAGUCAGAGGCUGAGGGCCCCUCGGAUGCCCCCCGCUCUGGGCCUGCUAUGGCUGGGCCAUCGAGCAGCUGCCGGCUCUCAGCCCGCCCUGAGGGAGGCAGUGGGCGGGGUCGGCGAGCUGAGAGGGGCAGCCCCUCGCGCUCUAACGAGGUCAUCAGCCCAGAGAUCCUCAAGAUGCGAGCCGCGCUGUUCUGCAUCUUCACCUACCUGGACACGCGCACACUGCUGCAUGCCGCCGAAGUCUGCCGGGACUGGCGCUUCGUGGCCCGCCACCCUGCAGUCUGGACCAGGGUGCUGCUCGAGAACGCCCGUGUCUGUUCCAAGUUCCUGGCCAUGCUGGCUCAGUGGUGCACCCAAGCCCACUCGCUGACGCUGCAGAACCUGAAGCCCCGGCAGCGAGGAAAGAAGGAGAGCAAGGAGGAGUAUGCCCGGAGUACCCGGGGCUGCCUGGAAGCAGGGCUGGAGUCUCUGUUGAAGGCAGCUGGUGGGAACCUGCUGAUCCUGCGCAUCUCCCACUGCCCCAACAUCCUCACUGACCGUUCGCUCUGGCUGGCCAGCUGCUACUGCCGCGCCCUGCAGGCUGUCACCUACAGGAGUGCCACAGACCCUGUGGGUCACGAGGUCAUUUGGGCCCUGGGCGCAGGCUGCAGAGAGAUUGUCUCCCUCCAGGUGGCGCCACUUCACCCCUGCCAACAGCCCACACGCUUCAGUAACCGCUGCCUGCAGAUGAUCGGUCGCUGCUGGCCUCACCUCCGGGCCCUGGGGGUUGGGGGUGCCGGCUGUGGGGUGCAGGGCCUGGCAUCACUUGCGAGAAACUGCAUGCGGCUGCAGGUCCUGGAGCUGGACCACGUGUCAGAGAUCACCCAGGAGGUGGCGGCUGAGGUUUGCCGGGAAGGCUUGAAGGGACUGGAGAUGCUGGUGCUCACGGCCACCCCUGUCACCCCUAAGGCCCUGCUGCAUUUCAACAGCAUUUGCCGGAACCUCAAGUCCAUUGUGGUCCAGAUUGGGAUUGCCGAUUAUUUCAAAGAGCCCAGCAGCCCUGAGGCCCAGAAGCUGUUUGAGGACAUGGUGACGAAACUCCAGGCCCUGCGACGUAGGCCCGGCUUCUCUAAGAUCCUGCACAUCAAGGUGGAAGGUGGCUGCUAA